CGCGCAUGGGAAAGAAACAGUGGCUUUGUGAAAAUCUGUGCGCGUACGCGUGUUUGUUGCAGUCACGCCGUUUGCGCGCGAACGCCCAACCGCGGCCGGCGGGCACAUUUCGAAACGUCCGCGCCGCAGCAGCGAACGUACCGCGUGUGAUCAUGUAUUUUGCCGUGUUUUGAUUGUGAUUACGUGAAACGUGCCGCAAGAAUGGAAUCGUUGACCUCGACUGUGCCAUCGAAUGGAACAACACUCACCGGUUCCAAAGAGUGCAAAGUGUUAUUAAUAGUGAAAUGAAAAAGGAAUGCAGUGAUGGAAUUUUUAACAUACAUUGGUACAUUGAAGGCGUUAAAAAUGAUCGUGUUAUCAAAUAUGUUCCGCGGAGGACCGCAGCAACAUUUAGGGAUGAAAGAAGUGAAUAAUACCGAAGAAAAAAGUGAAAAAAAUAAAAUUUCUAAACUAGUAACACAGAGUUCUUUGAGACUUAAACCACGAACUAACAGACAACAUAAAACAGAUGUAAACGAAGGUGAGAAACAAGAAAUGGAAGAAGCAACGAGAAGUGAAAGAGAGAAACGAUUGUCUACCAGCGUUGACGCAAUAAUUACCAAAAGAGAUUUAAACAGUAAAGUGAUAUGUAGUGCCAAAGGUUUAUUAGAAACUAAUUUAGAUGAUUUAUUUAAUGACGUUCAGAAACUGGAUGCUUGGACUGAUGAACCAAAGAGUUUAGGAACGAGCGAACCGACGUUAAGUUUUAGUGAUAAAAGACCGAUAGACCGACACAAGCGUGAAUCACUAGUGUCAGAAGAUGACACGGCAGAUGAUACGGCGACUGAUAGUGACUGUUUGGAUGAGGUUGUCCGUGAACAGAGAAAGUGUAUGGGUGCGCGACGAUUGGGUCAUAUGCUGCGGAGAGUUAUUUCUAGAAAUGUGUUCCCGAAUGUUCCCGCGGCGCCGGGGAUGCCCUGCGCGGGCGAAGAUCGAAGCAUAUAUAGGAGAGGCGCGAGGAGGUGGCGGAAGCUAUAUCGCGUCAAUGGACACAUCUUUCAAGCUAAACGAUUUAAUAGACGUGCGUUCUGCGCGUUCUGCCAGGACCGUAUCUGGGGUCUGGGUCGUCAGGGCUUUAAAUGCAUCCAGUGCAAACUGCUCGUGCACAAGAAAUGCCACAAACUGGUGCAGAAGCCCUGCUCCAAUGAACACGUCGACCCCGUUGAAGUCAAAGAAGAUGCGAACGGAGAGGGUACACUUGGCAGAGCGUCUUCUGUUCGAUCGCGUGCGGAGCCCGAGCCGCUACCGGAGACGCCGCCCGCGCCGCCCGCACCAGUGCGCGCCGAGGACCUGGAGCCCGGCUCACAGCGACACUACUCACUGGAAGACUUUGAGCUCAUCAGGGUCAUCGGACGCGGCUCCUACGCUAAGGUGCUAAUGGUAGAACUGAAGCGUACGAAGCGAGUGUACGCAAUGAAGGUGAUAAAGAAAGCGCUGGUGACUGAUGACGAGGACAUCGACUGGGUGCAGACGGAGAAGCACGUGUUCGAAACCGCCUCCAACCAUCCCUUCCUCGUCGGCCUGCACUCCUGCUUCCAGACGCCCAGCAGACUCUUCUUCGUCAUUGAAUUCGUUCGCGGCGGAGACCUAAUGUUCCACAUGCAGCGUCAGCGGCGGCUGCCGGAGGAGCAUGCGCGAUUCUACGCUGCGGAGAUCUCGCUCGCGCUGCACUUCCUGCACGAGCGCGGCGUCAUCUACCGCGAUCUCAAGCUGGAUAAUGUACUGCUCGACCAUGAGGGUCACAUCAAGCUUACAGACUACGGCAUGUGCAAGGAGGGAGUGCGUCCAGGAGACACCACCUCCACUUUCUGUGGUACUCCCAACUACAUAGCUCCGGAGAUCCUCCGCGGCGAGGAGUACGGCUUCUCCGUGGACUGGUGGGCCCUCGGAGUACUCACAUACGAGAUGUUGGCUGGUCGCUCGCCCUUCGACAUCGCGCAGGCAGCUGACAACCCAGACCAGAACACUGAGGAUUAUCUAUUCCAGGUGAUCCUGGAGAAGACGAUCCGUAUCCCGCGUUCUCUGUCGGUGAAGGCUGCCUCUGUGCUGAAGGGCUUCCUCAACAAGAACCCGGUGGAGAGACUCGGCUGCGGCGAGGGCGCAUUCCUCGACAUCGUCAAUCAUCCCUUCUUCAAGAGCAUCGAGUGGGAGAUGUUGGAGCAGAAGCAAGUGGUGCCGCCAUUUAAACCUCGGCUGGAGGGAGAGCGCGACCUCGCAAACUUCCCGCCGGAGUUCACCGACGAGCCUGUGCACCUCACGCCAGAUGAUGACACUGUGAUAGCGGACAUCGACCAGUCUGAGUUCGAGGGCUUCGAGUACGUGAACCCGCUGCUGAUGUCGCUGGAGGACUGCGUGUGACAGCACGCCUGUCGCCUGCACCCAUACCAUCCCGCGCAGGCUUAUGGCUACGGCGCCGAAUCGUCGUCGUCCGACUACGACUCUGUUUGCUCCGAGCUGCCGGCGCGCAAACCAACACUGCUGCAGCACAUGUUCUGUCUGCCGCUCAACUGACGCCGCCCGCGCACGCGCACACACCCGCACCCCCCGCACCCCCCACACCCCCCACA